UCUGCGUUUGUUGGGUGUACUCAGAACUUCUCAGUUUUCCUCUGGAGUAGUAUUUUCACGUUGCCGUCUAACUACGUAAACAACAGAAGAAUAAUGCGUUUGAAAUGAUUUUAACUUUUAUGUCGAAACUUUCUGCCAAACCAACCACACGAUUAAGACGCUGCGAUGAUUUAUCUUCACACUCAGAUUAGUUGUUCAGCAGUGUGAAGAAGUUACACACAGACCAUGUGAAUGAAUCUGAAGUCUGCUGCAAUAAAACACUGAAGGCUUUAAAAUGUUUUCUUGCAUAAAACUCAAACUUUAAGUAGCUGCUUAUGAGGAUAGGGAAGGGAGGAAGCUAAUGUCUGUCUCAAGAUACAGGACAGCUGUUUGCUCAUCAACCUCAACUGUGCCAGGUUCGUGGGCCCUUCAUAUUUACCUACCAGAAAGGUACCGGCGCGUGGGGACCUCGGGCUUUCAGUUUCUCCAGAGCCACCCCAUCUUUGCCACUACACAUAAAGGUGUGCAACAGAGGAACAUGGCUCAAGAAACUAAUCACAGCCAAGUGCCUAUGCUUUGUUCCACUGGCUGCGGAUUUUAUGGAAACCCUCGUACGAAUGGCAUGUGUUCAGUGUGCUAUAAAGAACAUCUUCAAAGACAGAAUAGUAGUAAUGGUAGAAUAAGCCCACCUGAUAAGGUGCUGGCCCGCCCAGGGCACAGAGUCACUAACGUGCGAUGUGGUCCUGUUGCAGCACCUUCUGUCACAAGUCUGUCUGAGUCCUUACCAGUCCAGUGCACAGACGGUAGUGUCCCAGAGGCUCAGUCAGCACUAGACUCAACAGCUUCAUCUAUGCAGCCAAGCCCUGUGUCAAAUCAGUCACUUUUAUCAGAGUCUGUAUCAUCUUCCCAAGUGGACAGUACAUCUGUGGACAAAGCAAUACCUGAAACAGAAGACCUGCAAGCUUCAGUAUCAGAAACGGCACAGCAGGCAUCUGAAGAGCAAAGCAAGUCUCUUGAAAAACCAAAACAGAAAAAGAAUCGCUGUUUCAUGUGCAGAAAGAAAGUGGGACUUACUGGGUUUGAAUGCCGGUGUGGAAAUGUUUACUGUGGUGUACACCGUUACUCAGAUGUACACAAUUGCUCUUACAAUUACAAAGCUGAUGCUGCUGAGAAAAUCAGAAAAGAAAAUCCAGUAGUUGUUGGUGAAAAGAUCCAGAAGAUUUGAAGUCCUGAUGGAAUACAAAAUCGUUUGACCAUCUGCAAACUAAAAACUGACUUGAGGUUUUUUUUCCUAGUCAUUGGGAAUGUAGAGCAAUGUAUCUUGCAUAGACCUUUAAUCAUACAUGUCAUCAGAAGAAUAGAUUUUUGUUUUUGUUUUGAAAAUGACUCUGAACAUUUAUUUCCAUUGCAGUUUCUGUGGCUGAAAAAAGUAAACUUUACGAGUAUUAUCCUUUUAAGAUCAUUUUAAUUUUAGUUGAGUGCAGAGGGCUUUUAUAACAAAUGUGGAGAAAUUUUGGAGGGCUGUGAUUUUUUCCCAGUAUUAAACAUGCAUGCUUUAAUCUUGCAGUUUAUUUUCUCAUUGUGUAUGUAUAUAUAGCUUUUCUCUGCAGCACGAUUUCUGUUUUGAUAAUGUCCUUUAGGGCACAGCUAGUUACCAGUAACUGAAUGUAUCUUAAUCAUUAUGGCUGCUUCUAUUUUUCCUUAACAAAGGUUAUACAUAUGUUAGCAUAUAGUUUCUUUGCACCCACUAUUUAUGUCUGAAUCAUUUGUCACAGGAGAGUGUGUGCUGAUGAGAUUCUAAGUUUGUGUGUUUUUAAGUUUUUUUGAGCGAGGGAAGGAAAAGCUGUACGCAUUUCAUUGCUGACUGCAGGUUUCUUUCAGAUGAUGUUCAUCGGUCUGUGUGUAUACAAUAUGAAGAAUGAUCUGAAGUAAUUGUGUUGUAUUUAUGUUUAUCCACCAGUCUUUGAUUAAAUAAAAAGGAAAACCAUAACGUU